AUGCCUGCGGAAGACGACAAGAGUCAAAAAUUUAACGUAAAGCUUAUCUUUGCGAUAAUAGCAGCUGCUUUGGGUUCCGGUUUCCAACAUGGUUAUCACACUGGAGUGAUAAACGUACCGCAGGAAGUUUUAAAAGAGUGGUUGAACGAAACCUACCAGAGCUCGUACGGGUCGUACAUGGACACCAGCACUUUGAAUCUCCUCUGGGGUCUCACCACGUCUAUAAUGAACGUGGGGGGUACCAUCGGGGGUCUUAUAGUUGGCGUCACCGCCAACAAACUCGGGCCCAAAGGCGGGCUCUUUUUCAACAACUUCCUGGUUCUCGUCGCUACGAUUUUCAUGGGGAUUGCUAAACCCAUCACCUCUCUGGAGGUGAUGAUAGUGGGUCGGUUUUUCAUCGGGAUCAACUGCGGCUUGAACGCCGGUCUUUGCCCGAUGUACUUGUCCGAAGUGUCACCCGUGAGUCUACGAGGUGCCGUCUCCAGCGUCUACCAGCUCGUCAUCACGAUAUCGAUCUUGAUAGCCCAGAUUGUCGGGUUGCAUUAUGUCCUCGGGAAUCACACAUACUGGCCAUACAUAUUCAUCCUCCCGAUAUUUUUCGCAAUAUUCCAGGUCAUUACGUUGCUGUUCUGCACGGAGUCGCCGCGGUACCUCAUCGGGGUCAAAGGCAAUGAGCAAAAAGCCGAGCAGUCGUUGAAGUUUCUCCGAAUGAGCGACGACGUGUCCGCCGACAUGACUCUAAUGAAGUCUGAAGACGCCGCUGUUAAAGCUUUGCCGAAAAUCACGCUGUCAGACAUGUACAAGACCCGACAGCUGAGGAUUCCGUUGAUCAUAGCUGUGGUCAUCAUGCUGGCGCAGCAAUUCAGUGGCAUCAACGCCGUGAUUUUCUACUCCACGGAUACUUUCGAAAAAGCUGGCUUGAAAGGGGACAACCCGAAGUACGCCACGAUCGGGAUCGGCGUUGUCAACGUGCUGAUGACCAUCGUGUCGCUGUACCUUGUGGAAGUGGCCGGACGAAAAACCCUUCUUUUGAUCGGGUUUGGAGGAAUGGCUAUCGAUACCUUGCUCUUGUCCCUAACUCUAUACUUUGCGGACCAAAACGACUUCCUUCCUUGGGUUUGUAUCAUCCUGACUUUUAUUUACAUCAUCCUGUUUGCGGCUGGUGCGGGCUCGAUUCCUUGGUUUCUGGUAACCGAGAUUUUUAACCAAGCUGCUAGACCGACUGCUGUGUCUUUGGCUGUACCGACUAACUGGAUCGCCAAUUUUAUCGUCACGCUGACGUUUCCUUCGAUUGAGGCUUUAAUCGGGCCGUUCGUGUUCCUGAUUUUCGUCGCCUUGGACGUGGUGUUUUUCCUGUUUAUCUUGAAGUUCGUACCAGAAACCAAGAACAGGACCAUCGAUGAUAUCAUCAGCGAGUGGAAAUGAGCGGAUUGAUUCGUUUUAGGGUUAUUUUGGAAAAGUGUAUCCGUUUUGCAAAAAAGAUAGACUGGUUGUUGUCCUUGUGGUAACCUCACGACUUUCAAGGAGAACAGAGGUCAAACAGGGGGGAUUGAGCAAAACGUCGAAAAACUUAAAAUUUAUUCACCUGAAUUAAAUGUAUAAACAGAUAAUAAAAUACAGCUAAUCACUAAA